AAUUUAUCCAGCAGAGGAGAUUAGAGCACCGUACCGUGGAGAAUCCUAUGUGUAUGAAACAAAAUGCAACGAAGGCGGUAGAGGUGAUAACGGGAUUAAAACCAUCCGUAUAUGAAAUUAGGGAGAUGGAUGCAGCACUACGGCAAUGAAAGAGAAUUCCGUCCACCACUUGGUAUAUACAAAUGGCUGGCUGAAGUGACAAGUGACUUUCCAGUGUUCAGCUAUAGAAUUGCCAAUGCAACGGACAUGGGCUUAGAUGGAUGAUGAAAAAUUAAAACAUAUAUAUGAAGUCUUCUUCUGUAUACCAUGCAACAAAGCACGUAUAUCAGACAAUCGUACCUUCAUGUUUAUCAAUAGAAAAUAACAGACUGCAAGGUUAUGCGGUAGACUUUCUAAGGAAAUAGCUUCCGUUACACUAUUCCAAUACUACCAGCGAUUUUGUUUGGGUGGAGCGAUCUUGUUUUUACGCUUUGCACAGAGCUAGAGCUACAUAGUGCUUUAGCAAGCAGGUAUCGAAUUUAUUUCAUGAAAAGCAUGGGUACCAACUAUGCAUCUAUGAUGUACAAUAGCGGCUCCAAUAUUCUUGGCUAUGGAGUUUUGAGACUAUUACAGUACAACGAACAAUUAUCAUGCGGGUGGGAAAACACCAUGAAGGAAGACAUAGGAUACUGGAGGAGAUUUGUGCACAAUUUCUUUACUGAAAAGGGAACAUUUCGAUUCAAUUUUGAACCAAACGCACAAAGGACUCGUGAAUCUAUGCAAUUUGAAUUAUCAUACGCAGCUUUGCCGCGGUUUUUCUAUUUAAAUUACAUGGGUGACAUGAGACGAAUGUCAAUAGUAAUGGGUGAUACGAAAGAAUUUGCAAUUCCUAAUAAUGGGUACUUCGUCGAGUCCUCGCAUGCAAGUCUUGUGUAUCAAUUUGCUAAUGGUAUACAAGUAAUUGUUUAUGGUUGUCUGCGAGCACAUUUUCAUCGUGCACCCCUUUUGAAAUUGGAUUCACUUGAAUUCUCCGCUACGAAUUAUUCCGAAUAUCUUCUUCGUGAACUAGUAAACAGUGCCUCUCUUGCACAGCAAUAUCAACAUGAGCAUCGCCCAGGACAGGAAAACACAUCUGGAUUUCCUUCCCAAGGCAGUGAACAAGCCCCACCGUAUCCUCCAUAUAACCUCGGCAACAGUGCCCAACUUGCUUCUACGCCGGUGAACGAGUAUGGCAUUGAACCGCGAAUCAUGCGCUUCUUGGAGAUUUCCGAAACUAUUUCCGGGAUGCGAGAUUUAAUAGCCUUUACUCUGGCUCAGCGCUCCGGACCUGCAAGUGCUCUCCAAAAGUUUGCUACAGCGUUAAAACAACAACAGCAGAUGCAGAAAUCGAGUACCGCAAAGAUAGCUAUUCCGAAUAAUCCCUCGUUAAAUAAUCAAGCUCCUCCUAAUAAUGCUGAAGCUUCUAUACCUUUGGUCCCUUCUGUAGCCCAAACGGCAGCUGGAGGGCCUCCUCCCGAAUACCGCGUCCCUAAUUACCCAUCCCAUUAUAAUUAUAACCAGUCCCGGCCCCCCAUGAAUGCUGAUUUCGAUCCAUCUCAAUUUGGCAAUCACUACCCAUAUCCAAACCCUCAGCCGGCUGCUCCUUCUAUGAAUCCUGCGUACACCUUGUCUUCUCAGAAACGGUCCGCUACAAUGUCUCCACUUAGGGAACCCGGAAAGCAGGACGUUGAUCCCUCCUUUUUCCACAACGGAUCCUUCGGACCUCAGAAGCGAGCUAAAGUAUGAUUGUUCUUUGUCAAAACAACACUCCUAAAAUGAUUCUUAUCAUUGUCAUCUGUUUUUAUUACCAUUUAAAUCCGUUCUUCUAAUUAUUCUUUCAUAUUUGCUUAAAGGUUUUACUUUUGAUUUCAUAUUAAAUUAUUAUGGUUCUGUUUGACGUUAUCUAAUGUCUCCCUGUCCUUCGUUUUUCAAAAGUUGUUAUUUUAUUUUAUUUUCUUAUUUUAUCUUAUUUUUUUUUGUCAUAUUGAGUUCUUACUCAAGAAGACGAGUAACUCUUCCUAUCUUAUUCUGUGAGCAUGACAGCCAUUUGAUAUGUUGAAUUACAAAUGAAUGAAGUUGUUCUCAUUUCAAGCCUAAGUAGUGAGAUGCAAUUGAGAUCUAUGUCUGUUGGUUUUAGUUUUUGAUGUUAGUUUUAAUAACAUUGUUGGUAAUACAAUUUUUUCUAUCACUGAA